CAAAUUCAUCUGAAAAAGUCUUUUUGAACUAUCGGAGAUUUAUAGAGGUUUCUUAUUUUGGCUUUUACAAAAAGAAAUCUUGAAAAAUUAAAUUAUAAUCAAUUUAAAUUCACAUUAUGUCUUCCUUAAACGACAGCAACGAUGUUUAUUCUUCAACUUAUCCAAAUACAUCAGGAUUUCAAGGAACAGUUAGACCAUUUUCUUCGCCGUAUUUAAAUUUCGAUCCCGGAUAUAUUCCUCAAACGCAACCAGAAUUUAUAUUUCUGGAUGGAGCUAGUAAACAAAGAGGUCGGUUCGAGCUUGCUUUUGGUCAAAUUGGCGGAUCGUGUAUGAUAGGAGCUGCAUUAGGUGGUGCCUCUGGUUUCUAUAAUGGAUUAAAAGCUACUACAUUAGCAGGUCAGACUGGUAAACUUAGACGAACACAAUUAUUGAAUCAUAUUAUGAAAAAAGGAGGGGCUACUGCAAAUACAUUUGGAUCAGUAGCUGUAAUAUAUUCUGCUUUUGGAGUGAUUCUAUCAUGGGCUAGAGGGAAUGAUGACGACCUUAACACAGUUGUAGCAGCUACCGCAACAGGAUGUCUCUAUAAAUCAACGGCGGGACUCAAAAAAUGUGGUUUAGGAGGAGCAAUAGGAUUUGGAUUAUCAACAGCAUAUGCUCUUUGGAACAAUAGAGAAAAAUUAGCAGGAUUACGUCAAUUCAAUCCAGCGCAAAGGUAAAGCAGUAAAAUGGAUAUCAACGAAGUUCCCGAAUUCCCAUUAUUUAUUAAAAAAAUGUACAAAUUUCCAGAAUAAUUAUUUCCGCUGUAUAUAUAUAUAUAUAUAUAUAUAUUGGAAUAGAAUGUCCUCUCUAUAAAAUGUAGAAAUAUAUUUUAAUACAUUAUGAUCACUUUGUACUAAUUAAUGUUCAUGUAUAGAUGAUCAAAGUUCGGCUAAUUUCUUUUUCCAAAUAAAUUUUUGUGGACUCUAGUUACUAUCAAACAUAAAUUUUAGUCUACUUCGUUUCGAUAAAAUUGAUCGCAGAAAAUUUUGUUGAAUUGAAUUUUGCUUUAUUUGUAUUGGAGAGAGUAUUUUUCAACAUUAUUAUUAUCAUUUAGUUGAAAUUAUUUUCCAUUUUCUACAGUCAAGAAUGCUAUAUGAGAUCAGAAUAAAAACUUUUCUGAUUAUCA